UCAGCGAGACCUGCACUUUGGCAUGCAUCGUUGUAAUUAGGCUUCCACAACUCUGUGAUACAGGACUGCAGAGAGGAAAAUCACUUACUGAGGAACCUAUUGAGAAAACCUAGAUGAAGGCGGUUCUGUGCUCAGAUUCCCUUUGUCAGAUAGCAGGAGCAAGUAUUUGCAUUGCAACCUUGUAAGAUCUUAGCAGCCAAUUCAGAGUUUAAAUAGUGACAAGGUAGCUACUGCAAGGUCCCAGGAUCCCGAUAUUCCAACAUGGAAACUUAGGCAGGACAUUGGUUUAUUCUAUGAGGUUUGUGACAUUAUGAAGUCCAUGCUCUAGAUCCUCAGAUCUCGCCACUCUUUUUUUUUUUUUCUUUUUUCUUUUUUUCGGAGCUGGGGACCGAACCCAGGGCCUUCUGCUUGCUAGGCAAGCGCUCUACCACUGAGCUAAAUCCCCAACCCAGAUCUCGCCACUCUUUAAGCGUUAUUUUGCUUGCUGACCUCGGUAUUAACAGGGGAAUUCAGGAAAGUUGUCUUCCUCUUUGUGUACACAGUACGUAUGCCUCCUCUCUUACUGAGAUUUUACUCAUCUUCAGGGCUCCCUGCUAGCCAGUGCUGCCCUGUGUCUUCUAGCUCGGUCUGACUUAUGGCCUGUUGUGCAUUGAUGCCUCUGGUGCUCUGUGUGUGUUUAAAGUAUUUAUGUACCUUUGACAAUCUCAUUCAUGUACAUGUGCGUUUUUGUCAUUUUCAAUCCCAUUAUCGUCCUGCACUCUCUCUCCUCCCACUGACCCCUUUCUCCUUCCCAAUAUGUUCACCCCUUCCUAGUUUCAUUUCCUUUUGGUUUAUGGGGACUUCAUUUUCGUGUGCCCUACUAAAUUUAAUUACGGUUGUUUGCAUGGGUCUGAGCGAAUGGGGAGCUACUUACUGGAGCAUGGACACCUUAACAUUGUGGUUCAGUUUUAAGUGUCCUAAAGAGUUCUGUUCUUUCUUUUUAUUCUCUGUAAGGCCAAACAAGGAGCCUAGUAAGUGCGGAGUGGACACAGGAGAAAAGGCCUGAAAAGGAGGCAGAGGACAUAAGAACCACCCCGUCCCUCUCUCUCCCAGGCUGCAGAGCUGGCCUUUGCAGAGUUCCUCUUGUAUGGCGUUGUCUUCAAGUUAUCCAAGUGCUCAAGCCUUCAAGUGUGACUUGUAGAAGUACUGAUAUGCUUACCACAUAGUGGCACUCCAAAGAGGAGUUGGGAAUUAGUGGGCGAGUUUGAUAAAUGAAGUUGUCAAGCAAGUCGGACAUCGAGUGACACAGGUUGUUUUGAGUUAUAUUAAUUUUCAGAUGCUCUGAUGGUUUUUUUUUAUUACAAUCUUUACCUUUCCUCUUUUUACCUGUGAAAAGAUUAAUUCCUUUGCCAGUUUUUUUUUUCACGUCUGACCCCAAUUUGCUUAUACUUACUCCUAAAUGUGAGUACGCAUGCAAAGACUUCUUUCUUAGAGUAAACAUUUUGGCAGACUUGACAUCCGACUAUUUAAAGAAUUUACGUUUUCAUAUGUGUGAUGCACUACCCAUGGAGCAACUUCAUUGGUCUUUCAAACGUGCUUUUGUUACACGCGUUCUUUCUGCACGAGUAUGUGCCAGCGCAUGUAUUAUGAGUUUGGUUUGCCUUUUUAGAGACACUGCUAUCCUUGGCAACCAUACCUUUUUUUUUCUUCAUUGUAACAGGAGGCUUGACCUUUGGGGUUUGUUCCCUGUUGGCUCUCAGCUUUUCAUCCAGAGGGUUUACCACUCACUAUCUCUGAUGUGGGAGGGUCCCUCACCUCUGGAAUUUGUUUGUCUAGCCUGCUGCAGCCUUGAGGGGAAGCAGGUUUAGAGUAGAUGGCCAACUGGUAUACCUGGUCAGGGAUCCCUAAGGAGGGUUCUUUCUGGAGAACACAGGGAACCCAGGGCUGCAUUGGACGGGCUGUAGGCUGUCAAGGACAGCCUGGCAGAAGGCAGACAACCUCCACUUUUGAAGUCUGGGUUCCACAGAGAGGUUUUGUGUAAACCAUGAUCAGGGAGUCCUCAAUGGGCUUUGAGAGACCUAAAGUGUGCCAGCUGAGUCCGAAGCCUUCAGCCAUAGAACAAAGCCUGAGAGUGCAUUCCUUUUACAGUUGACUAGUCAGAGAAGGAUGAAUGCAGAGCCUUCAUGGGGAGGAUACCGGAGAAGUGACAAGGUCAGUGAGACAGAGAUGAAGAGAGUCUAGUGGAAAUCCCAAAGGUGGGUCUGUUUGCCCAAAACGGAGGCCUGUGACUUGGCAGGAUGCUGGCCCGGCAUGCAUUUUAAGUCUAGUACUUACUUGCCUAGUACAUUCAGGUUCUCUUGGAGAGUCAUCAGGAAAGUGUUCUGCAGUGUCUCAGCCCUCAGGGAAGGCAAUCUGCUCUUCUCUGGAGCUCUGGGUUAGAGAGUCACUAGUCUUGGAGUCUGGAAACUUAAGCAACCAAAUUCUGGAUAAGUCAAUCUGUUUGGCCAAUUCAGAGUUAUCCCAGUGGUCAUCUUUAAAACACAGAUGUUUUAUAAAACUGAAUGUUUACAAGUUUUAUAAUCUACUUGUCGUUUAUCAGGAAAUAUUUAAAUAAUAGGCUGUCCCAAAUUCCGGUUAGAGUUAUAGUCUCAAACUCAUAAUUGUAUCUCAUCGUUUUUCCCAAAGAAUAAUGUUGGAAAUGGAUGUGAAAGUUCGAGGUUUUUGUUGUUUGUUGUUUUGUUUGGUUUUCCAGGCAGGGUUUCUCUCUGUAGUCCUAGCUGUGUAGAUCAGGCUGACCUAAAACUUACAAGUCUGUCUGCUUCUGAGUCCCAAGUGCUGGGAUUAAAGGCGCGGACCACUGAGGCCAGGCCCAGGUGAACUCUCUUACCCUUUCUGUGUGACCCUAUGAGAGGUAAGCUGUGACUGAGGUGAGAUCGAGCUCCUGUUAUCUCAGGAAUAGCUGGCAACUCCUCAGGGUUUGUGGAAUGAGGAAAUUAGGGGGCCUGGCCGAGCUGGCUGAGAGGUCUAGAGUUAAAGUACAGUGAGCGAUAGGGAGGGCAGGGCGGGGUGGCUGUUUAGUAAGCAAAGGGCUUCUUCACUUCCUCCUCUCUUAAAAUGUCUAUCCCUUCUCUUCUCCCUACCGUUUUCCUUUGUAAACAGAGCUUUUCUGAGUUCAGGCAAGGGCGGGUGGUAACUAGAGAGGAGGGAAGAGGGUAAAGAGAGGUAGUGGGCAGCUGCAGAAGUAGAAGGUUGAAUGAAGAGAGAACUCUGAAGGUGCAGAAGGGAGGAAGAGGCCUUCUGGAUACAGAAACGUAAGCCACGUGUGUCACCGCUGGCCUGCUGCUUUUGUGUCUUAGAAGUAAUUUCUCUGGAAGUAGGAUGUGAGUCACUCUGGAAUGUUCUGGUGUUUGGGGCAGUUUGUUUUGUUUGCUUUAUUUUCCUUUUGAGACAAGAGUUUAGACCAGGAUAGCCUAGAAGUCUUUAUAGCACAGGCUGGCCUCAAACUUUGCCACUAACAUGCCUGUCCUUUGGUUAUAAAAACAGCUCCUGAAAGCCAAGUCUGAUCCUGUCUACUUAAAAAAAAAAGUUUGCCUUUCUGCCAAAAUACCAUGUUGGACCACUGGGGCCCUGGGCGGUGUGGAGGGCAUCAUUGCAGUAGCUAUCUGCCUCGCUACUAUUUAAACUCUGAAUGCAAAUACUCGUUCCUGGGUCACCAUUCAGGCCUGGAGUAAGACCUCUUCCCCAAAGUGUCUCAGACAUCACAACCCUGAAACAGUUAGCAGGCAGCACAGGGUUAGACAUCACAACCCUGAAACAGUUAGCAGGCAGCACAGGGUCUCACAGGGCACAGAUGGUGACGUUCCAGCUGCUGCUUCUAUCCAGGAAGUUUGGCUUCAUGGGGAAGGAUCUGAGAUUCGGGUCGUUGAUGUUACCUAACUGUAGGACAGCCAGCAAGGUGAGAGCAUUCAACUCCUGAACUCUCCCCUUUGAAACUGAGGCAGAUUUCUUGUUUCUGGAAAAAAAAAAAAGAAAAAACAACUUUAUCUGGAAAUGCUUGUGAUGUCUUGGUUUGUUCUCACAGGCACUUAGAAAAUGAUGGCAGUUGGAUUUUUCUAAAUAAUCUAGUAAACCCUCCAAUUACUGACACCCCCCCCCAUACAUAUUAAGCAUGUGUGUGCAUUGAGUGUUUAUGGGCAAGUGAGGCCCCCGAAUGAGGCAGCAGGUGAUUACAGCACAUGGUAUUUUCAUGGACAGUUGUACUGCCUGACAGGAUAUGAGGAUCACUCGGGCUGUGGCACAGUUCAGUGAUUCAGUGCUUGCCUGGUGUCCUAGGUACAGUGCUCAAUACAACAAAAGCAAGCGGAGAGAGCCUUACAGAUGUGUUGAUACUCAAGCCAUCGUUUUCUUUCUUUCUUUUUUUUUUCUUUUCUUUUUUUUCGGAGCUGGGGACCGAACCCAGGGCCUUGCGCCUGCUAGGCAAGCGCUCUACCACUGAGCUAAAUCCCCAGCCCCAAGCCAUCGUUUUCUUAAAGUAGACAGGAUCGGACUUGGCUUUCAGGAGCUAACGGGUCCUGCUUUAAUAACCACAGAACGGGCAUGUUAGUGGUACUCUGGAGGGAGAAACCCGGCGAAAUACCCACACAGAAGUAGGCUUAGAAAUGUGAAUCGUUCCUCAAACCUGCCCAGAAGUCCCAGCCUCAACAAGUUUGUAUUCAUCUCUCAAGUCUGACAGAAACAGAAUAACAGCUAAAGCAAAUAGACGUCAGAAUAAUCUCUUUCUUCAGUCAUCUGUAUAACUGUGAUGAAGGCUGAGUAUUAUUUUGGGCUGGUUGUUCCUCUCCAUGUUAAGCAUGGAGCUGGGCGCACACACCGCACACAGGGUGUCUGUACUGUAAACGGGCAGACCCGGCCUAGCAGACUGUGUUUACCAUCUGGAUUUUAGUAAUGUGAUUAAACAGUAAACAAAUAAACAAUAAAUUAAUUGCACUAACGCAGCUUUUAUGUUGUCAUAUCACUGAUAAGGCCACACACAGCUUAGAAGGUGGGGGUGGGACGCAUAAUAUUUCAAUAGCGGCCCUUUCCUGUGAGCUAUUUUUAGAUUCAGGAAAUAUCAAAAAUUGGUGUGCCUCUUUAACUGUGUGUGUCAUAAUAGUCACACAGUUUUGGCAAACCUCCUUGUUUACACACUUAGCCUAUAUUUGACACUAUGGUAGAAGAGAUGGAUUGUAUUCCCAGCGAGGCUCUCCUUUUACUUCUAAAAUAGACUUUAGGAGUUAGUAAACUGUACCAUCGUAUCCAGUCAUAUCUCAUUGUUUGUUUUUCGUCAGAGCAGAUAUAUCAGUGUUUUAUCAAAUGCCUGCUUUCGAGGAGUUGGGUGUUUGAUGUUGACUCUCAUUAUGUAGUCCAGGCUGGCCUCAAACCAAAGAUCCUUCCAAGUCAACCUCUUAAGCUCUGAAAUUAUAGGUGUGCAGCGACAUCAAACUCGGCUUAUUCUGAACCCUUUUUGAAGCAUGUGUUAGCCGGAGAUUUAAGCAAACCCUGUGCACAUGUGAGAGUCUGUGUGUUGUUCACAUGGUACAAGUGUAUGAGAGUACUACAGUAUGUAUACACAUAGAGGUCAGAGGACAACCUCUCGUGUUACUUUUCACUCUCCACCUUCUGACACAGUCUCUUGGUUUUCCCAUGUGCCAACUACUAGGGUUAUGAACACCAGGCUGGCGGGCCUUCACGGUUCCAGGGAUUCUCCUGCCUGUGUUUCCACCUGUGUCAACAUAGCUCUGGGGUUACAGAUGAGCACAAUACCACAUCAGCUUUACAUGAGUUCUGGGGAUUUGAACUCAGGUCCUCCAGCUUGUGUGGCAAGCAUUACCCACCAACCCAGCCCUUUAUGUUUUCCAGUUAAGAACAGAGCCACUUACUGCUCAGAGCUGUCAGAGUUCAGUCGCAUAGGACUUAUGCCAGAUGGCUCACAGCUUCCUGGCACUCCUGCCCCAGAGAUUGUUUGCCCUAUUAUGGCCUGUGUGGGCCCCUGUACAUGUGUGGCAUACAGUCAUAUAAAUGCAUAAAUUAAGGGGAAAAAAGCCCUAGACAAACUCAGCAGUAUAAAACUAAUGUAGCUCAGAGAUUACAAUGCUCCCUUUAUUAGUUUACUUGUCAAUACCAUACCCGUUAGCCUUUUCAAACCAUGAAUGUACGGGUACUCAAGUGUCAAGGGUGUGAUUUCUCGGUUUAUUAAUGCCACCAUCUUAUUUCCUGUCACUCACCAUUUCAUUACUUUCAAAUUACUUAUCCAUUUUCCUGCUGUCCCUUUUUUAACUUUAAUUUUUAGAUUUUUUUUAUUUUAUGUGAAUCAAAUUUGUUUUAAUGAUGUUUUGUAUGUAUGUAUGUAUGUAUGUAUGUAUGUAUGUAUGUAUGUAUACCACAUGUAUGCCUGGUAUCCACAGAAGUCAGAAAAGGCAUCAGAUCUGGAACGGGAGCUACAGAUGGCUCUAAGCCACUAUAUGGGUAGUGGGAAUUGAGCCUGGGUUUUGUAAGAGUGACCAGUGCUCUUAACUGCUGAGCCAUUUCUCCACACCACUCCCCUGCUCUCUUGUAUUGUCUAACAUUAGGCUAAGAACCUAACUCCCACUCCAUUUCUCCCACUCUGAAAAGCCGUUCCGAGUUGCAAAUGUCUUAAUUGAUCUGGUUCGUCCACACGUUAAUCAGUUGUCUACUUAUCUUUACCUAUGGGGCCUUAAAAGAACUGCGUGUGCAAGCCGGGUAUUCCUGUAAUUCUAGUAUUUGGGAAUUAGAGGCUGGGGGACCUUGAAUUCUGAGUCAUUCUUAGCUACAUAGUCAAGCCUGGGCUACAUGGGGCCCUGUCUCAAAAGAAAAGAAGAAAGGAAGAAAGAAAGAAAGAAAGAGAGAGAGAGAGAGAGAGAGAGAGAGAGAGAGAGAGAGAGAGAGAGAGAAAAGGAGUUUCAGUGCUUGGGGGCAAAGAAAUCCGGUCACUGGCACAUCUGCCUUGCUCUGCCAGUUUAUUUUGGGAACAUGUCCCCAGGACUGAAGUCAGAAGCCAGCGUUGUGAAGCGGUCAGUCAAACUUGGUGAAAUCUCGAUCCCAAAUUCUGGAAGAUGCCAGGACAGGCAGGAUGAGCUCCAUCUUGACCUGCCUUCUGAUGAGGAAGUCAUCAAUAGUUCUGACGAAGAUGACGUCAGCUCCGAGUCCAGUAAAGGCGAGCCGGACCCGCUGGAGGAUAAACAGGAUGAAGAUGCUGGGAUGAAAAGCAAAGUCCAUCAUAUUGCCAAGGAGAUCAUGAGCUCGGAGAAAGUGUUUGUCGAUGUGUUAAAACUUCUGCAUAUUGAUUUCCGGGGUGCUGUAGCCCACGCGUCCAGGCAACUCGGGAAGCCCGUGAUUGAGGACCGGAUCCUUAACCAGAUCCUGUACUACCUGCCUCAGCUGUAUGAGCUCAACCGGGAUCUCCUGAAGGAACUGGAGGAAAGAAUGCUGAGCUGGGCUGAACAACAGAGAAUUGCUGACAUCUUUGUAAAGAAGGGGCCAUAUUUAAAAAUGUACUCCAUGUACAUCAAAGAAUUCGACAAGAACAUUGCGUUGCUGGAUGAACAGUGCAAGAAAAACUCUGGAUUCGCCACGGUCGUCAGGGAAUUCGAGAUGAGCCCUCGAUGUGCCAACCUGGCCCUGAAGCACUACCUGCUGAAGCCAGUUCAGAGGAUCCCUCAGUAUAGGCUGCUGCUGACAGAUUAUUUAAAGAACCUCCUAGAAGACUCUGUAGACCACAGAGACACCCAAGAUGCCCUAGCUGUUGUCAUAGAGGUAGCUAACCAUGCCAAUGACACCAUGAAGCAAGGGGACAACUUUCAGAAGCUCAUGCAAAUUCAGUACAGCUUGAGUGGACACCAUGAAAUCGUGCAGCCUGGGCGGGUGUUUCUUAAAGAAGGCAUCCUGAUGAAGCUGUCUCGGAAAGUCAUGCAGCCGCGAAUGAUUUUCCUGUUUAAUGAUGCUCUACUGUACACCACACCCAUGCAGUCUGGGAUGUACAAACUGAACAACAUGCUCUCCUUGGCUGGAAUGAAGGUCAGAAAACCUACCCAGGAGGCAUAUCAGAACGAGUUAAAGAUUGAAAGUGUAGAGCGUUCUUUCAUCCUCUCAGCAAGUUCUGCCUCAGAAAGAGACGACUGGCUGGAGGCCAUAUCCAGGGCUAUAGAAGAGUAUGCCAAGAAAAGAAUCACCUUCUGCCCCAGCAGGAGUCUUGAUGAGGACUCAGAAAGGAAAGAAGAAGUCAGCCCUCUUGGGGCAAAGGCUCCCAUCUGGAUUCCUGACACCAGAGCCACCAUGUGUAUGAUUUGCACAAGUGAAUUCACCCUGACCUGGAGAAGACACCACUGCAGGGCCUGUGGGAAGAUCGUGUGCCAAGCUUGCUCGUCCAACAAGUGUGGCUUGGAUUACCUGAAAGGGCAGCCGGCGAGAGUGUGCGAGCUCUGCUUCCAAGAGCUGCAGAAACUAGAUCACCAGCUGUCCCCCAGGAUUGGGUCUCCUGGAAAUCACAAGUCUCCUUCAAGUGCCUUAUCUUCAGUCUUACAUAGCAUCCCCUCAGGGAGGAAACAGAAGAAAAUCCCUGCUGCCCUCAAAGAAGUGUCAGCGAACACAGAGGACUCCACCAUGAGCGGCUACCUCUACAGAUCCAAGGGCAGUAAAAAGCCGUGGAAACACCUAUGGUUCGUCAUCAAGAACAAAGUGCUCUACACAUACGCUGCAAGCGAGGAUGUGGCAGCUUUGGAAAGUCAGCCCUUAUUGGGAUUCACCGUCGCUCAAGUCAAAGACGAGCACUCGGAUCCUAGAGUGUUUCAGCUGCUGCACAAAGGCUUGCUGUUCUACGUGUUCAAGGCAGACGACGCCCACUCCACUCAGAGGUGGAUAGACGCAUUUCAGGAGGGCACAGUAUUAUAGCCACACUGACUGCACUGCCUCUGAGGUUCCAACAAGGUGGAGAAUGGCAUAAAAGCUACUCAAAAGCCGUGUGAAAACGAACACUGCCAAGACAAGUCCACCCACCGUCGUUGUGAGAUAGAGUGUUUUGUUAGGUAUAUACAGUUCCUAAAAAUGUCUUUCAUGUUUGUUAUUUAUUAAAAUGUUGAUGUUUACUCGUUGGUUAGAGCUGUUUCCAAGACUCACACUGAAUUCUGAAGUACUGUUUAGAGACCGGGAACUUACCGUAAUACUGUAUCCUGCAUACUGUCGCCGACGUGCCGUCCACACUGUUGUCUCUGCCUUACACCAUGACGCUUUCACUGUUGGUAAAUCUUUACGAGUAAAGCACAGGGCUUAAGACACAAGUGUCCAUGCAAUGCUUGGUGUAGAAAUUACAGUUUUAAAAUCUCUGAUGAAAUGCGUAUUGUUGAGUUGCUAAGCCUAGGUGGGAUUUUUUUUAUAUUGCAGUAGUGAGGCACAGAGGCAGCUUCUACCUCAGUAACUGUGAAAUGAAAUCCCAGCAGGGUCAGUACUGACAACUUUGUCCACAGCCCCCCAAACUCCCACACCCCAUAAGGGCUCGCCAAUGGCCAGGCUGGCCUCGAACUAACUGUGUAGCUUAGGCAAAGCUUGAGCCGCACACAGCCUUCCUGCCUCAGCCUCUAAGUAACUGGAGUCACAGUCCUGCCCCUCCAUGCCCAGCCUUCAUCGAAAACUGCCAGUUCAGUGCCAAUGGGAGUGACAGACACUCACGUUGGCCUGGAACUUGUGUAACCCAUGCCAGCCUGUGACUCACGCUUCUCAACUGCUAGAAUUACAUGUGUGUGCCACUAAGCUCAGUGAUUAAUGUUUUAAGACACAGACUAUGGCAGGUAACAUGUUACCUAAUACCCUCUAUUAUUUUUAAGAGUUUUGAUGCCAAGUCAGUGGUGGUAUUUAUAUCUAAAAGGAUGUCACAUUUUCUGUAACAUGUACUUUACAAGUGAUCUAAAACAACUAUUUUUAAAGGAAAUUUUAUGCUACUUUGAUUUGUUCCCCUUAACAUUUUAAAUGUCAUCUUUUUUUCUUUUUCUUCUUCCUAUUCCUCCUCCUCCUUCUCUUCCUCCUCCUCUUCUUCCUUCCCUCCCUCCCACCCUUCUCCCUCCCUCUGUCUUGAGACACAGUCCUUCAGUGCAGCCCAGGCCGGCCUGAUGCUCACCGCCCUGCCUCACAUCCUAUUUAGAUGUGUGCUACCACACGGACCUUAUCAGUCAGCGUCCCUCGAUAGGAAAGGUCUGCAUUCCUAAUUCUGGCAUACUUACUGUUUAACACGCACACCCUCUUGCAUGUGUUGAUAAGCAGCAGGAGAAGGAAGUUAUGCUUAAAAUUGUGUCAGUGUUUAAAUAUUUUGUUGACUGAGUUUAAACUGUCAGCUACAAGGCAGGGUUAUACAGAAAAUAUCCUAUUAAAGGCUAUAAGAAUUUUCUGCCUCAUCAUGGUUCUUAGUGCGAUGUCAGUAGUAGAGAAUUAUAAUCUGAAUACUAUUUUGUUUUUAUCCUGAACACCAUCACAAGGCCUUUUGGAUGCCAUUCGCUGCAGAUUAAAUAGACCUAGAUGUAGCAGGUCCAGGUUUUCUUGGAUGUCGCUGGCUACAGCACAGUUUGAAGCCCCGUACAGUUUCACAGAAUGCUACAUGCUACCUUCCUGGCCACAGGAAGCAAAUUAGUUCUUCGGAACAUAUUUUAAUUGGAUCCCACAUGAGCAUCCGCGUAACGUUUGUAAUGCACUCUUUUUGGAGACAGGACUCCUUUUACUUUAUAUUUCUAUCUUUUGUGUUGAAUUCUCAACCUCGUUAAAAUGUUCUUUCUUGUAAGCCUCAAAAAAGUCUAAGAAACAUUAACUAGGUCUUCUGUUUUCUAACACACAACAGAAUCAAGAAAGUAUUCAAAAUCUGUACACACAUACAGAGAGAGAGAGAGAGAGAGAGAGAGAGAGAGAGAGAGGUGUAGAAAUCCGUGUGUGAUUAUAUUUGCUUAGUCUUAUGAAGAACUUUGCAAAAGGCAGCAUAUGAGCUCUCAGAUCGUGACCCCUCCCGUAAGACAUUCUAAAUGUAAGAUUGUGUUCCCUGUCCCCUGAUCCCUUCAUAAACCACUAAGGACUGCCAACCAUGUAUUUAACAUGGCUCAUUCAAUGGCAUUUGAUAAGAACAUAUUUAUAAUUUGUUGUAAAACUACUUUAAAAAAAUAUCACUGAACCCAGGGACUCAAUGCAGAUACUCUACCCCUGAGCUUGCCCCAUUGCUAACAUUUAUGGACAAAUGGUGCCGGGGCAGUCUAGAUGUGGAGAACAUCUCUCUCCUGGAUCCCGGAAUGCUGCUCAUUACACAUGCGUGUGCUGCCACCAGACCCCGGCUCCGGUGUCUCCUACCCUAAGCCAGAAAGUAACGGAGACAAGAUGGCAGGCUGAGCUGGGAGAGGGGACAUUCUCAGUGUCCCCAACAGUAUUCCUCCUCUGUCUGCAGCAGCUAAAAUAGAGGAUGGCACCCCACCGCGCCCCCCAAUUCCUAAGAGAAGGAAAAGGAACAUUGGUCACAUUAUCCUGUUUCUGAACCUCUUUCUGUUUUCUGAUGUAACCAGUCUCGGUCUGUUUUCCCUGACGGCCCUUGUUUUUUCCCCAGUAAGAAGCAUGACUCUGAGUACAGACUGAUGUUUUUUUAAACGCUGUCCGACAUCCCGCUUUGAUUUAUAACAAUGGAAUGGCACUGAAGGAAACAACUCAGAAGUAUGUUUUUGUCUGCCGGAUACGUAGAGGCUAUGUAGGAAUGGAGGAGCCUCCUAUGUGAGAACAUAGUGUCAUCACCAUGUGCGGUUAUGCCUUAAAUGCCCUUCCGCUGGGCUCAUUAUAGUCAAAAUGCUGGAAUUUCCAUAAGCAAAUCCUACCUCAGUGUACUCCUGGAUCCUUAAGGAUAGACACCAUAUAUAAUCUGUGCGUUUCUAAGGGAUCUUCGCAGCUUUAGUUGAAUACAUUGAAGGCAGAAUUCCCAAGGUGUUUUGCCUUGAGUAAGAAUCUCACUGUUUUUCCCAAGACAGCUCCUGCUGCCUCCCCCUCAGGGUGUCACCCUGCCUAACUCAGUCAGCUACCACUGACGUAGUCUCCAAAGCCCUUCCAACCCAGGUCAUAGGCCCACGUUCCUCACCGUCCUGCAAGCCCACAGUCAUGGCAAGACUAGGGCUCAGCUUUCUCCCUGCCUGUUUCCUUCAGGACUCCACCUGGACUCUGGAACCUGACUGAGUCUCUCUUGUCCUUACCGUCUUCAUUCUUCUGCCCCUUAUGGGUGCCACGCCUUUCCCUCUGAGCCACAGUGGCACACACUUGCUACCAUGGAUGAGGCCCCGGAUUCAAGCCCUUAUCCAGGAAAGCAACUAGCUUUUUUUUUUCUUCUUGGUUUUAACCCCCUUUUGUGUAGUCUCCUUUAGACAUAUCAAAGCAAUCUGCGUACAGCAGAAUUCUGAUUUAGUUGCUAUUCCUGUGAGCUUCAGGGCAUUCUGAGUGGUUUGGCUGGCUUCAGCCUUUUUCUGUUCCUACCAUUCCCAUUGUCCUCAUAUCAGUCAGCCCAGCUCUGCCCAUUGUUCUGUGACACUUCCCAGUGAUAGGGUCCUGUUCUCCUCUCUGUUAGACUAUCCGAGCUCUCUUCCUUGGCUUCCUGUGAUCACUAAACAGUGUUGUCCUUCUUACCAAAUUCUGUCCUUGAAAACAUUUUACCUUGUUCACUGGAGGUCGCCCACAUCCAACAACUGUCUUCCGUGCAGUGAAUAAAUGUUUGCCUGCUGAGUUAAAUAUCUUCAAUGGGUCCCAAAAAAGUAUCUUCGGUACCCAUGCUCUGGAGUGUACGUCACUUUUAAUUUUACUUUCUAAAUGCAAAUCCAUAGUGUUUUCUCUUACAGGAAAAGUCAGUUACUACUGGGAAGGAAUUUUAAGAAAGGAAACAGCAAAGACAGCAGUGGUUCUGAUGGGAAUUUGCCUGCUAGGAAAAUAAGUUUAAAGGUGGUGGGAGCUUUUAAAAGACUAAAUAUCAAAGUAUUUUGUUUUUCUCUUUCAUGGAGUUAUUUGCUGCAUGUAAGAACCAAUUUCAGAAAAGAAAUUAAUCACUUUUAAUUCUCAAAACACUUUUUUUAAACAUAAAGUGAUCAUGGUUUGUAUCUUACUGUUCAUAAGAAAUUUUAUAAAUAAAAUAGCAUUGUAAAUAAUGUUAAUAUGUAUUAUAAUUCAUACAAAAUAAAUGCACUGUGAUAUCUA